AUGUAUGAAAACACCACUCAAAUCACCACUUUAAAUUUAAGUCGUCAAACACCGACCAUCUUAACUGAUGCGACAGGUGGAGCUGUUAUUGCGCUUGAUGGACUGAUUUCCAUAAUUGGGACGUUAGGAAACCUUCUCGUAUUAGCAGUGAUUUUUGUUGCGCUUCGUUUCUCGACAGUUUCCAACAUCUUGAUAGCGAACUUGGCUUGUGUUGAUUUACUGACCGUUACCGUGCUGAUUCCAGGUGAUAUUGCACGUCACUUGUGUGAUAGAAUGGGACUCUGUCACGCGGACAGGACAUUGGUGUUGCUGCACCGUGUACUGGCUCAGUUUAUUGUCACUGCUGCCUCAACAAGUUUAUUUUUUAUCGCCUUGGAGCGUUUCAUAGCCAUUGCUUUUCCAUUUCGUUACAAGUCCCUGUUCACGAAGACAAAAGCUACAGUGUGUUCUUUCCUAACUUGGACCUCGGGUGCAAUAAUUACCGGUAUUUUCCACGGUUUAAAUAUCAUUUACGUUCAAAACACCUACUGCAUCUUGCUACUUUUGGUUACAUUCAUACUAUACUUUUACAUGUUCUUCGUUGCCUUAAAACACGAAAAGAAAAUAGCUUCAACGCCGGCUAACUAUAAUAUGCGGCCCACUCAACUCCUCUGGGAGAGCAAGUCAGCCAAGACAAUGGCUAUUGUGUUGGGUGUGUACGCACUUUGCUGGUUUCCCUCAGUGAUAUUCUACUCAGUGGUUCGACAAACUUAUUGGUUAUACCCAAGACUCCAAGUCUGGAUAAAUACAGUGUACUAUUUGAAUGCUACCUUAGACCCGUUAAUUUACUCUGUGCGAAGUGAGAAGUUUCGUAGAUCUGUUAACAAGCUUCUCACAUCAUGA